AUGGCCGGCCGCAGUGGGGCCGGGGCAGCCGGGUACGGAGAAGAGGGCGAGGACGACGACGAGGAAGAAGAGACGCAGAAGGGCGGCGCUGCGGGUUCGCCGGGGUCCAGGUUGCCCCCCAUUGUGGGCACCGCCUCCGAGCUGGCCAAACGGAAAGUGAAGAAGAAAAAGAAGAAGAAAAAGACCAAGGGGCCUGGUAAAGGGAAUGAUAAGCACCAGAGUCGGGGCCUGAAGAGUCAGCCACUUUCCUCAUCCUUCCACGACAUCCUAAAUCCCAACAAAGACCACAGUCUGAGGGCAGAACCCAGACAGGACAGAGAAGAAAACCAACACACGCCUGCCUACUCCUACACCAGGAGUCUCCCCCACUUCGCAGAAAUAGAAAAGAGCCUUUCGAACCAGAUCAAUGAAAGUCUGCGUUGGGAUGGAAUUCUCACCGAUCCAGAAGCAGAAAAAGAAAGAAUUCGCAUAUAUAAACUGAACCGGAGGAAGCGGUACAGGAUUUCGGCCCUCAAGGGCCUCCACUCCGAUCUCUGCCCCGAGGACACCCCCGAGAACUUACCUUACCUGUCGGACAAAGACUGCAGCUCCAGCAGCAGGCAGUCUACCUCCAAAGCCGAGCCCCCCGCAUCACUACUUUGA